CCUUGAUAAAUACGGGAACGUCAGCCAUGUAAACAAUGGCGGACAGUGGUGAUUAUGAGGAACCAAAGGCAGGAUCCACACACCAUGAGCUGCUUAUUGGAUUAAAGUCAACAAUCGAGGGUCUGCUGGCAACCCACAGCACCAAUGUCUGGAACACGUAUGGGGGUCUGAACCGCGUCUGUAGCCAUGUCGACCAGAUCCUAAGACACAGAAUCCGACCAGCACAGAGCCACUUCCCCAGUGAUUCUGACUUCUGGGACUUCGUUCAGGGACUGAAAUGGCUGAGUCCAGUCCUGGCACCGAGCAUCGAGCGACUCAACAAGCUGUCCCAGACCUGCGAGGACUCUGGGAAGGGGAUCACGUGGCUGCGAGACAGUCUCCACGAUCACAUGUUGUCUGCACAGCUGGAGGUACUGGUCAAGAACACCAACCAUCUUCACAACUUCUACUAUGCUGAUGCCUUUCUGUGUUCCCCUGCCUACUUCCAAGCCACCAUCAUCUGUCUUAAGGCAGUGGAGCUCAAUAAGGUGGCACUCCUCGCUGAGAUAGAGCCCAGCCUGUUGAGCGCAAGACAUCGCACAAGAUUUCACACACGUAGUGCCUCCUUGCCCAUCAACCAAGCUGCUGUCACUGACGAGAUGAAGAACAGAGACAGGAACAGCGUUCUGGGUCUAGCCUCUCCCUUUGCUUCCCCUGGGAAGGAAAGCGUGUUGAGCACCUCAGAUGAACAUGCUGUCCCCAUACAUAUAGGUUCCAGUCCUGAUGAUACAAGGUUAAUGGCCAAAGAGGCUUUACGUUCUGUGCUAAGGAAAUCAGGCGCAGAGUCACCUCCCUUGUCUUCAACGCCCCCAACACCCGGAUUCAGCUUUUAUGACAGAAUACACAGCGAUCCGCUGUUAAAUGUUGACUUCCCAAUGAACAGAGGAUCACUCAUGUCGCCUGUGUUCUUUGAUAGUAGAACAUUGCCGAUGUACGAUACCAUGGAUGGCUUUGAGAAGACCGUGACUCGGCGUUGCAAAUCACAUGGUGAUGACAUUGUGAAACCAGUCGUCAAUGGCAACAGCCAAACACUCAGUGAUAUUUACAUUCCAAGCCGGAGAGGUGGACACACAAAAAGUGGAAAAACAACUUCCAAUAACUAUGAUGACAAGAGGAGUAAAAAGGAUUCAUCCAAACUAGGUCACAAAAGGUCAAGGUCAGAUAUGAGUGGCAUCAAACAUGGAACUAAUAACCAUCCAAUGGUGUUUACUAAUGCUAUUGCAAAUGACAACAGUGGCAGCCAAUCAGAUUCCACUUUAGUUGAUCCAUCUACAUUGUCGUCUGCUCUACCUCAGCAAGAGAAACCACAGUAUACAGGUUAUGACCUUUUUCCUCAUGUAUUGAGGAGGUUGAAGAGUAAGUUGGCCUGCUUGUACCUGCGUCGGGGUCCAGCAGCAGGUUUGACGGCCGUCUCCACCCCCCCAGCUCAGGGACAGUCUCUUAUGAGUUACCUCUCCUCUCAGGACUUCCAUACCUGUGCUAACCUGGACAAGGAAAAUGCCCAUUUCAGUAUCUCUGAGGCUUUGAUAGCAGCGAUAGAGCAGAUGAAAUGGAACCACGUGAUAUCCCCUGCCAGGAAAGAUUCCGACAUCGAGGAAGAGUCGGACGAGGAGAUCCAGGAGUUGAAACAGAGGAUCCGGAUCCGUCGACGGGAGAGGCAGAAGGAGAAAGCCCGUGGGUUUCCCGCCUUCAGUGAUGGUCGAACAGACACCACGGCAACCUCCUCACCUGUCAGCUCUCCGCACGACUCUUCAACCUACUCAGAUAGUUACGAUUCAAGUGAUGAUGUAGAUGAUGAGGAAAUUGAGUUGACGUUAUCAGGAUCGGCAGCUGACCACCAGACCAACUUGUCAGUGCUAAAGUCCAGCGGUCUAUCUCUCUCAAUGGCGUCUCUCUACUCUGAUGCUGACCUUCAUAAGAGCAGUCACCCACUAGAAAAACAGAAUACAUCUCAGGACAGUGUUGGAGCCAACAUGUCGGCCGAGUCUGUGGCCAUCUCUUUACUGAAGAAGUUCUCAGAGAAGCAGCUUCCCAAGGCUUCGGACCUGGAGUGGCUGGUCUCGGAACAGGAUGCCCCUCAGGCAUUGCUGCCGCUGCCCAAUUCCUACCCAGUGUCGCCUGACGACGGAGAGAACGCUGACCUUCUGAAGAACAGAAAGACACGAAUACGAGGAAACCUGGAAUGGGCGCCUCCACGGCCACAAAUCAUCUUCAACAUACAUCCCCCACCCAAACGUAGUGUUAUCUUAGCCAAACAAAACUACCGGUGUGCUGGGUGUGGGAUGAAGGUUGAGCCAGCGUAUGUGAAACGGUUCCGGUACUGUGAAUACCUGGGCAAGUAUUUCUGUCAGUGCUGCCACUCCAACUCAGUGGACUACGUGCCAGGGAGAGUGCUCCGCAAGUGGGACUUUACUAAAUACUAUGUGUCGAACUUUGCCCACGAUUUACUGGCGAAAAUCUUUAAGGAUCCUUUGUUUAAUGUCCUCGACAUCAAUGCGUUGUUAUUCCGGCGAGUUCGCAACUUGGAGACAAUUCGUGACUGUCGGAAACAGCUCUUCCAUCUGAAGUCUUUCCUUAAGGUCUGCAAGCAGGGAAGCAGACUGCUAGAUGAUAUAGAAAAAUUACCUCGUCACUGGUUGGAUGAAACAACAGUGUUCUCCAUGGAAGACCUAACACGAGUAAAGAGUGGGGAAAUGGUGAACCAACUGAAGAACUGUGUCCACAAUGCCAUGUCCCACAUCCAAACCUGCCCGUUCUGUCAGGGGCUGGGCUUCAUCUGUGAGUUGUGCAGCAGCCAUGACAUCAUCUUCCCCUUCCAGCUGGACAAGGUGUUCCAGUGUCCAGAUUGUCAUGCCUGCUAUCACAAGACCUGCUUCAUCCCAGGCAAAUGUCCAAAGUGUUCCAGGAUAGAACUGAGGAAACAGCGUCUUGCUGCACAGUCCAUCUCUCAAGACAACUACUUCUCCGACGACAGCGGUAACGACAGUACAGAGCCUUCUGGUGUGAAAUCCUGAUACCAAAUCAGUGUUCAUGAUUGUCUGUGAUAUAUUUAUACGAUAUGCAAGAAUCAAGUCACAAGAAAUAUGCCUUGCUAUGAGAGCAGAUGGACUGUCUUUUUACAUUAAUAAUUAUCUUUCAGUUUGUGUACGGGAAUGAUUUCACAGGAGAAAAUAUCAUCGAUUUAU